AUGAUGAUCAGACCUCAAUAUAUUCGAUUUGUCUUCUCUUCUGACAAGAGCUAUCAGAUUAAUAGCUCAUCUAAAAUUCUUAAUAGUUUCACAUGUUCACCAACUAUUAUAACACCAAAACAUAUGUUUAUAUCUUCAGCACUAAACAUAAAAGAUUCAACAACAUGCUCAGUUGCUCCUGAACCAUGUCAGAAUACAUCACUGUCAAUCGUCGAAACUGCAUCUGGUGAAUCGAACCUAUCGGAAGUUGUACCAACGAAGAAUUUGAGUUCAAGCACGAAUACAUCAAACGUUCAAGUCUCAAGUGGAAAGAACAAAAGAAAUUUAUCACCAUCUGCAAAAAAGAAGCAACGCAAUAGAAAAAAAUCAAACACGAAAACAGAGCAAACUAAUUUGCAAUGUAUCAGGCGGACUAAAAACUGGUCGGAACAUGAAACUAUCAUUUUUAUUGGAAUAUGGAGUGAUAAUUAUGUAAAACUAACCUCUGCUAGUUGUAGACAUAGUACUAUAUAUCAAUCGAUGGCCAAUCAACUGAACGAUACUUUUAAAGAUAGAAAUGUUAGUGCAGCUGAUGUCAAAGCGAAAAUUGGUAAUUUAACAACAGAGUAUCGCCGAAAAGCAAAAGAACAAGGGGAAAAAGGUGCUAGCCCAUGCACUUGGCGGUAUUUCGAUUUGCUGGAUAAACUUCUCGGGAAAAGAACACAUAAAAAUGAUAGUCUGUUGACUGAUUCUAUGAUCAUCGAGCAAGAAAAACUUUCGGAUGAUAUUAAUAAUGUUCAAAUACCGGCUACGACUUUGAUGCAAGUGGCUAAACAACUUGACGAUUCGUGUUUAUCCCACGCAAAUGCUGAAGAAAUAAAUAGUCCUGCUCGAUCAAAUUCCAAUUAUCUUUCAAGUCCUGAGGGUAGUAUAUCUACUUCAGCAAUGAAUACCCCUACAACUACAAACAUAGACGCAUCAUCAAGACGAGGUACUCCAACUCAAAAACGAAAGAAAAAAACAUCGGAAAUAAAAAUUGGAUUGAUAGAACAGCUCCUUACAAAAAUCGAUAGUGCCAAUGAAGCUAUGCUUCGAUCAGAAGUGAAAAUGUUAGAAAUUCUCGAAAAACAAACGCGACUUCAAGAAGAAAAAACUGAUAAUGAGAUUGAACGUACAAUUGGAGAUUUCCUGGAUAAUUAUGGUUAUGCAAUGUGUGCCGGCUAUUUGGAUGGCACACACAUAAGCAUAAAUCCACCGAACGGAGAAGAGUUCGACUAUUUUAAUUAUAAGAAACAUCACUUUGUUAUCCUAUUGGCGGUAGUGAAUGCUUCCUUACAACUAACAUACGUAAAUGUUGACUCUCAUGGUCGUUGUAACGACUCAUUGGUUUAUCGGCGAUCUCAAUUAGCAGAAGUGAUUCAACGCUCAAGAUACGCUAAUCAUUACAUGAAGAUAAACAACGUGAAGACACAGGUGCAUAUAAUCGAUGACUCUGGCUUUGCAUUGCACAAAACAUUGAUGAAACCCUAUCCAUCUACACCUAAGAUGCCUCCCAGUCAUGUAAUUUACAACUAUCAGUUAAGUCGCUGUCGAUCAACAGUCGAGCGAGUGAGCAUUCUUCGCAAUUUAUGUCUAAUGAAUGGUGAUGAAUUGGAAAUAGAGUGGGAUUUGCCACUCCCAACGCAUAAAAAGUCACGUUGUAAAAUGCAAACAACAAGUGGUGUUGAUGCUAGACAAGCACUUACGGACUAUUUUCUACAAAACCCAUUGUAG